AGCCGAUGUGUUCAGCUUAAUCUGGUUCGGUUGUCAUGGCGCUUUCUCCGUACGUGCUGGCCAUGCAGGAAUUAUUCCGGGCCAACACGCGCAGCCGCGAAUUCCCCGCACACGGGGCUAAGGUGCACUCGGUGGCUUGGAGCUGCUGCGGCCGCCGCCUGGCGUCGGGCUCCUUCGACAAGACCGCCAGCGUCUUCGUGCUCGACAAGGACCGCCUGGUAAAGGAGAAUAACUACCGUGGCCAUGGGGACAGUGUGGAUCAGUUGUGCUGGCACCCUAGUAACCCAGAUUUAUUUGUCACUGCAUCUGGAGACAAAACCAUUCGUAUAUGGGAUGUCCGUACUACUAAGUGCAUUGCUACUGUGAACACCAAAGGGGAGAACAUUAAUAUCUGCUGGAGCCCUGAUGGACAGACUAUUGCAGUAGGGAACAAAGAUGAUGUGGUUACCUUCAUUGAUGCAAAGACACAUAGGUCUAAAGCAGAGGAGCAGUUCAAAUUUGAGGUGAAUGAGAUCUCUUGGAACAACGACAACAACAUGUUUUUCCUCACCAAUGGCAAUGGCUGCAUCAACAUCCUCAGCUAUCCAGAACUCAAACCUAUUCAGUCAAUAAACGCCCAUCCCUCAAACUGCAUCUGCAUCAAGUUCGAUCCAAUGGGAAAGUAUUUUGCUACAGGCAGUGCCGAUGCACUGGUUAGCCUCUGGGAUGUGGAUGAGCUAGUGUGUGUGCGAUGCUUCUCUAGGCUGGAUUGGCCCGUGAGGACUUUGAGCUUCAGCCAUGAUGGAAAAAUGCUGGCUUCUGCAUCUGAAGAUCACUUUAUUGAUAUUGCUGAAGUAGAAACAGGGGAGAAGCUCUGGGAGGUGCAGUGUGAGUCCCCCACCUUCACAGUGGCUUGGCACCCAAAGCGGCCCCUGCUGGCCUUCGCCUGCGAUGACAAGGAUGGCAAAUACGACAGCAGCAGGGAAGCUGGCACUGUGAAGCUCUUUGGUCUCCCUAAUGACUCCUAAGAAAAGGCUUCUGGAGACCCUAUAUAUAUUCGUGACCUUGGGUUCUGAGCCAGCGCCAGGAUGUUCACCGGCCAUCUUUGCUGUGGUUCUGUUCUGAGUUUGCUGCCCUUUCUAGAGUAGGAGCUGUACCACAGCCAGGCAUUCUCUUAUCCAAAAAGUCUGCGUUUGGAAGUUCUUGCAAACUGCCUGAUUGUCCUAGUGGGCACAAGGUCUGGCCAACCGAAUUCUCUUCCCCUUUCUGGGGCAUUUGCUAUUUUUUUGCUACAAAGCGGGGUAGGUGGCAGAAUGGUCCCCUGUACUGGCACCAUAGCAAGCAAGACCUCCUGCAGAUCUUGUGGCUGAUGAUCCCUUCCGGUCUUCCCACGAGGAUAGAGAGGCUCUGAGAGGAGUGCAAGUUCUCCUGUAGUCACAUUUGAAACCCUCUUUUCUGCUUGGAGAGGGGUUAACUCGCCCUUUUUGGAGGCAGGGUUUGUGUGUGUUGUGUGUCUUUCAUUCCAGUUAUGUCUUGAUAUGACAAAAGGAUUUUUGUAUGGACCAGUUUUGUAAUUUUAGAUAACAUUGUUCCACUGGACGAAUAAAAUCUUGGUGUACUGUAGCUUUUUUAAAAAGUCAAACUGCCAGGAAAAUAUUGCCGCUAUAAGAAUUGCUCAUUGCACCUCUCUCUUUCAAAUGCAGUG